CGCAUGCGCGGCGCGGGCCGGAGUCGAGCCUGGUGGGCGGCGGGAGGCGCCGCGGACCCGGCCGGCGGCAGCGGUGGCUUCUGCUUCGCCGAGCCGGGACGCCGCCAUCGGCCGGUGGGCUGCACCUUCAUAGGCUGCUGCUCCCCGGGGAUCCGUGCCCCGGCAUCCGCCGGGGAUUUGUCGCUCGCCGCCGCGGGCGGAGCCUACGGACCUGCCCGCGCGCCCCGCGCGCCCAGCUCGGCUCAGCCUGGCCGCGGGAGCCCUAGCGCAGCAUCCUCCGACCGCUCUUGCUGCAGCUGGUGGAGGGCGGCGAGCCUGACCCUCAGUGACCUCAGCCUGGUCCCCGCGCAUCACCCCAGGCGCUCCCCCACGAUGGCUGAGCCUGGGGCCCCGCGUCCCGCUUUGGCUCGGCUGGGACCGCGCCACGCCAGGUGCCCCCGGUACCCCCGCUGAUCCGCUCCAGGCCGGGGAUCUCAGGGCCCGGGAGCCCCCAACUGUCGCCUCCCCCGCCGCGCCCUUCCCCUCCGCCCUCUCCGCUGCUGUUCCCCCCCGGGCUAGGGGCUAGGGGACCUAGACAAAGCCCCACUUUGUGCGGGAGGCGGGCGUGGAAUGUGCGCGGCGGCGCGCGCCCCCUCCCCGCCCCGCCAGCUGCAAGUCUUGGCUCCCAGAAGGGUCGCGACGGAGAAGUCGCCCCCGGCGCCGCUCUCUCCCCCUGCAUCCUCGGUCCCCGGGGUCCAGACUAGGAGCUCACGCGGGCCCUCUUCGCUCGCGCCGGUGUGAGUGUGCAAGGAUUCCGUAGAGGAAUUUGUUCUCUCCAAAACUGGGAGAGUGCCUUGGGCCUCUUUUCCAGCGUUGCCGCAGGAGCUCUCUGGCCUCAGUCUCCCUAGCCUCUCCCCCCCCCCCACCCCACUCCGGGCCCCUACUUUUCUCUUCUUAGCCAUCCUAGAUCGCUGCGGGUCAUUGUUCUCGCUGCCAAAUGGGGGUGCUUUGUACAGGCUGCCAAGUUGGGGUAUGUUCUCUUCAUCCCGUUUUUCAAACAAAACAGGGCUACUAAGGCGGACCCUGGGCAACCCACCUGGCCAUCACUCCAGGUUGAUGCGCUGAUUCUUUCUUACCAAAUAGUAUUUUAUUGUACAGGAGCCACGCCCUGGUUUCUUAAAGGCGCCCGGCACUGUUUGGCCAUGUGUUAUCUCUAUAGCGGGUGUGUGGGAGGCCUUCUGUAAGGCACUAAUUUUUCCCGCCUCCUGAUAUAUCCUCCCACCCCCGUCGAGGAUUUAGGGAUGCCAGGGGGAAAGAAAGUGGUCCCGAGUGGCAGCAGCGGUGCCUCCCCGCACGCAGCAGCUGCCACCGCUGCUGCCGCCGCCGCCGCCCACUCUGGCAUUAAACGUUUGGAGACCAGCGAAGGGGCCUCAGCACAGAGAGAUGAGGAUCCAGAGGAUGAAGGGGAAGAGGACCUACGAGAUGGAGGUGUCCCUUUCUUCAUCAACCGAGGUGGACUGCCAGUGGACGAGGCCACCUGGGAAAGGAUGUGGAAGCAUGUGGCCAAGAUCCACCCGGAUGGAGAGAAGGUGGCCCUGCGGAUCCGUGGGGCCACGGACCUGCCCAAGAUUCCCAUACCAAGUGUGCCUACUUUCCAGCCGACGACGCCCAUCCCUGAGCGCCUGGAAGCCGUGCAGCGCUACAUCAGGGAGCUGCAGUACAAUCACACAGGGACACAGUUCUUUGAAAUUAAGAAGAGCAGACCUCUGACAGGGCUGAUGGACCUGGCCAAGGAAAUGACCAAAGAGGCUCUGCCAAUCAAAUGCUUGGAAGCUGUGAUUCUGGGAAUUUACCUCACCAACAGCAUGCCCACCCUGGAACGCUUCCCCAUCAGCUUCAAGACCUAUUUCUCAGGGAACUACUUCCGCCACAUUGUGCUGGGGGUGAACUUUGGGGGCCGCUACGGCGCCCUGGGCAUGAGCCGGAGGGAGGAUCUGAUGUAUAAACCUCCAGCCUUCCGCACACUCAGUGAGCUUGUGCUGGACUACGAGGCGGCCUACGGGCGCUGCUGGCAUGUGCUGAAGAAGGUGAAGCUGGGCCAGUGUGUGUCCCACGACCCCCACAGUGUGGAGCAGAUUGAAUGGAAGCACUCGGUGCUGGACGUGGAGAGGCUGGGCCGGGAGGACCUCCGCAAGGAGCUAGAACGCCAUGCCCGAGACAUGCGUCUCAAGAUUGGCAAGGGCACAGGCCCUCCCUCCCCCACCAAGGACCGGAAGAAGGAUGUUUCCUCCCCACAGAGGGUCCAGUCCAGCCCCCACCGCAGGAACAGCCGCAGUGAGAGACGGCCUUCAGGAGAGAAGAAGCCUGCAGAGCCCAAAGCCAUGCCAGACCUCAAUGGGUACCAGAUCCGGGUGUGAGGCAGAUGCCAGCACCCCCAGGCCUCCUCUGCUUCUGGAGGCCCUGACCCACACGAACGAACGAAUCAACUUGGUUCAGGCAAGGGCUGGGGGUGGGAGGCAGGAAGGAUGCCUUGCAGGUCAGCCCUGAGUGACUUCCCCUCCCACAGAGCCAAGCCCCUACCUGGGCCAAGAAGCAGUUAGUAUUUUAUUUGGCGUUUUAGCCCUACAACUGAAGGUGAAGGUAUUUGGAGGGAAAGACAUGUGGAUAUGCUGGUAGCUGACAAGGCUUGUUCUCUCUGAGCACUGUGUGGCUUGGGGGUGGUGGGGGGGGGCUUACUGGCUCUGUGGGCUCCUUCUUCCAGCAGUGAUCGGGGUUGGUGGGCCUCGCCAGCCUGUGGGGUGAGGGUGGGGUGGGGUAGGGAUGGAGAAUCAUGACCCAGGGAAAGGGAAGCAGGGUAGAGGUCCCCCCUGAGAAAAGUCCAUUUAUUCCUCAAAUCAGGAACUUGGCAGAGGCCACAUCUGCCUAAGGUGGAAGGCUGUGGCACAGGAGACUCUUUACAUAGAACUGUGUCACCCCCAAUACACGCACAUACAUAUUGUCACCAUAGCCAGCAUGGGAUUAGGCUAUAGGCGAACCCAGAGAACCAUUGCAGGGAAGAGUUCCUGGCCCCCAACACAUCUGCUGGUUCAGUCUGGUCUUGACUCCUGCAGCAGCCCAGGGGCGCCUUGCAGAAGGGCUGGGCUUUGUAGAGAGUCCAGAAUUGCACUGGGGACACCAUGACCUUGAGAAACUGGCUGAGCAUGAGGUAGUUGCAUAGGGCCCUCUAGUUGUGUGAGUGGGUUCUUCUCCUCCCUUCUCAAUCUCAGCCCUUGCUGGGGAAACAAGGCCAAAGGAGGACGCCUAUACUCCAGCCCUGCCUUGGCUGCCCAUUCAGGCUUGGGGUGGCAGCCAACUUUAGCAGUUCCUUGGGGCACGGGCAGGGAGGAGGCCAGGCAGGAGGAGUUGUCCAUCUCCCAGCCCUCAGGCAAGAGAUUCCCUGAUUGGAAAGUGAAGUGUGGAAAGGGGCUGUCAGGGCUGGGGGAGGAGAGAGAGGCCCGGAGUUGGGAGUGUAAGUGAGACGGACGUGUGGGAGGCAGUUCAGGAUGGGGCUGUGUGGGGGCUGAGUUCCCUGCAGCACAGACAGUACUGGUCAGGUUGCUGGUGGCUGUAAGUGAUGGGACAGCAGGAUGGGGUGACAUGAAGGGGUUUUCCUGAGAGGCAGAGGCAGCCUGAGCAGCUGCCACAUGUCUGAAGACGGUUGAGGGCUUGGAAAAGAGCAACAGAACUAGGAACUCAAACGCCAACGGAAACCGAGGAACGAGGGACAGUGCCGGGUGGGGACUGUGUCUGGGGAAGAGCAUAUCCCAUUAAAGUGGGCUGCUACGUUCUACUGUUCCCACAGUGCAGACCCUAAGAGGUAGUUUUUUUUUUUUGGGGGGGGGGUCUUGUUUUGCUUUUUU